CGGCGCGGGAGCCGCGCGCAGGGCGCUCAGCGAGGGGAAACAAUCCUGCGUUUCGCUCCUGUCCGUUUAAACGCCGUGCGCCAACCGCGACGGCUUUGCCCAUCUGAAGGAAGCGGCAGAAACAGAGCGGAAGUCCCAAAAGUUGGUCUGCACAUGGCUGCGCUCGACAGAGCGGGACGUGUCACCUUGCUGCGCGCGACGGCAAAGGCAGGGAUGAAAACACACAGGGAAGCGACCGUGGCGUGUUCUCGCGCUCAGCUCGUCACGGUGCGCUCAGACCUGAUCUGAACAUCCGCAGCUCCGGCAUUUGCUCAGCGGGUCCGUCGUCUCAAGCUGGUUGGGCAGGUUGUGCUUUGAUCCGGCGUAGGUUUGGUUCACGUGCGUGAGCUGUCACAAAGGGUGCAAGGGGUUUCCAAAACCGGAGGGAGAAUUUCACUGGCAUCAGUGACCUACUGAGGCAACUUUGGAGCUCAGAAUGGAGCUGGUGAGCAGGCAAGACCCGCACCUGCGAGAGGUUGUCUGGUUUGCGGUGUGCUGCAGAGCCCUGACGCUUCUGCUGCAGGCUGUGUUUAACCUCCUGAUCCCAGAUCACGCCGCAGACGCCUUCUCUCCCCCUCGCUUGUCUGAGCCUGGCCUGUGGGACCUGCUCUUGGAGCGGCUGCUGGGAGGCCUCUCGCACUGGGAUGCAGAGCACUUCCUCUUCAUCGCCGAGCGUGGUUACCUGUACGAGCACAACUGUGCCUUCUUCCCGCUGUACCCCCUGAGCGUGCGUGCCAUGGCCGAGGGUGCUCUGUGGCCCUUGGAGCGACUGCUACGUUGGCGGAGCCGCCUCCUGCUAUCAGCCAUACUUCUUAAUUCUCUCUUUUCCGUCCUGGCAGCUGCUGCCCUGUAUAAGCUGGGCUGCGUCGUGCUGCAGUGUCGCAGGGUGGCUUUCCUUGCUGCCGUUCUCUUUUCUAUCAGCCCUGCCAACGUAUUUAUGGCAGCUGCUUACUCAGAGAGCACGUUUGCCUUCCUGGCAUUCAGUGCCAUGUGGCAACUGGAGAAGGGGCAGAGCUGGCUCAGUGGAUUGCUCUUCUCCCUUGCUUCUGGGGUGCGUGCCAACGGGCUUAUUAAUGCUGGCUUCUUUCUCUACUCCCGGGGUAAACGCUUCGCCCUCCAGCUCCAGGUGGGUUCAGGAUCGCUAAGGAAGCUCCCUCCGUUGUGGAAGCAACUCCUUAGCACGGCAUCUUCAGCGGUUCUGAUGUGUGCUGUGAUUUUUCUGCCUUUUGCUUUAUUUCAGUAUUACGCCUACGUGAGGUUCUGUGGUCCUGGCACCGGCCUGGAGCAGGCUGUUCCCAAGCCGCUGCUGCAGCUGGCUCUGGACAAGGGCUAUCGUCUGGCGGCCAUGAACGGGGUUAAACCCCCUUGGUGCUCCCAGCGAUUCCCCGUGGUCUAUUCCUAUAUUCAAGAUACUUACUGGAAUGUGGGCUUUCUGAGGUAUUUUGAGCUCAGGCAGAUACCAAAUUUCUUGCUUGCUUUGCCUGUCACGCUUCUGGGCUCGUGGGCUGCCUGGACCUACAUCAUUGCAAACCCCCGGCGCUGCCUAACUCUUGGUCUAGAGAGAAGAAAGAGUGAAGAAGAGGGUAAACCAGGAGCUGGAUUUUGCUGCCCCGCUGUCUUCGUGUACGUGGUUCAUGCCACAGUCCUGCUGGCGUUUGGAUUCUUCUGCAUGCACGUGCAGGUGCUGACCCGGCUCCUUGGCUCCUCCUCUCCCGUCCUGUACUGGUUCUCCGCUCACCUGCUUCAAGAAUACGAACCUUUGCUCUGGAGCGAAGGGACUGAUGAUCAAACCGCGGCACUUCACUCCAAGAAGUCUCUUCUCUGUAAAUCUCCUGCUUCCUGUGGGAAAGGGACUUCUGAAAACCCCGUCAUGAGGCUGCUGAUGAACUGUAGAUUAAUUACUCCCCUCAGCAAAUGCAUUCUCGGAUUCUUCCUGUCCUACUGGCUGCUGGGCCUGAUUCUGCACUGCAACUUCUUGCCGUGGACGUAGUGGGGGUACAAACGGGUCGCGGGGCAGAAGCACUGGUCAGAAUUGAAACUCGC